ACAAAAACAUGGACGCGUCUGGGUUGAAUAAUUUAACUUUCUUCACGCAAAAUGUCUAUCAACAAAGCAUUAUUCCGCUGUUUUCAAGAGAUUAAAAAAUUUUAAAAAGCCGGUUCAUUAUGGAUUAUAAACCGAACUUUAUUUGCUUCGAUCAGGUGUGUAGAAUUUGUAUGAAGAGCAGUGAUGGUUUGCAGUCCAUCUUUGGUCAUCCGCAAGACAUUCCCGAACUGGUUAAAUUACUUUCGAAAGUAGAGGUACUUGAAAGUGAUGACUUGCCAAAACAAAUUUGUCCUGAGUGUAUGUCUUACGCAGGCAAUAUAGUGGAGUUCAAAGAACGGUGCCUACAAUCGGACCGAACGUUGAGAGAAUAUAUUUCCGAUGGUUGCGAAGAUCACAAACAGAACUUUCUGAAGCAGGAAGCAGGGCUGCUUGGAGAUGAUAGCGAAGGCUUACCAUUGGGUCCAGAAUUUAUCAAAUGUGAAAUCGAUGAAUCAGCCAGUGACAAGUCCGAUGAAGGAGGUAACGAUUUUGAAAUUGUCGAUGAUAACGAUACCGAUAGUGGCGAAGACGAGGACAACGAUGAUGAUGAAGAUCCCGGUGAUGAAAAUUAUUAUGAUGAUGAGAAAGACAAGAUUAAUCGACGCAUUCGAAGGCGCCGAACUCGUAAAGCCAACGUGGAUGACUCUGAUGAUGAGCCGUUGAUUGCGAAAAAGUUAAAAGCUGAAACUCACGGUUGUACGAUAUGCAAGGAAAGGUUUACAAAUAAAUCGCACAUUAAGUUUCACAUGAGAAGCGAUCAUGCGGACGACAAAACCGCUACGGAAGACAAAAUUAGACGGUGCUUCUAUUGUCCAAAGGCCUACUCAAACUAUGAACUUCUGAAAAUUCAUCUCAACUUUCACCCUCGGAAUGAGUGGGUCUGUCCAAUGUGUGGAAAAGAGAUGAAGAAAAAAGGAAAAUUCAUUGAUCAUUUGAGGAUGCAUGCGAACGAACGGCACUACAAGUGUGAUAUCUGCGAGAAGGAUUUCACCUCGCACAAGUACAUUUCUAAUCACAUGAAAAUGCACAAAAAGAAAGGAGAAACGGAGAACAAAGGCAAAUCAGAUGAUUCUAGCGAUAGCGAAUAUGAUCCAGCAGAAGAUGAAAAAGAAGACGAAGACGAUGAAGAUAUCAAUUUAUCAGAUAAGGACGAAAAAGUCAAGAGCUCAUAUCAAUUGAACCCCGACGCUCCUAAGGAUUGUCCGGUGUGUGGUGAAACGUUUGAGAGGAUGGUACACGUCAAAUUUCAUCUCGAGAGUGAGCAUAUUCCUCUGGAUGAGUCCGUUGCAAGAGUUCACCACUGUGCGACUUGCAAGAAAAAUUACAUGACCUUUGAACAGCUGACAAAUCACAUGAAAUUACACACGGAGAAAAUCUGGAGCUGUCCGGAGUGCAAGAAACAAUUCCGGCGAUUGGAUAAAUACAAAGAUCAUCAAAAAAUUCAUCAAAAUGAUCGCACAUUCCUAUGUGCGCAUUGUGGUAAAGAUUUUCCUACGACAAAGUACAUGAACCGGCAUCUUCAAACUCAUAUGAAGGAGAAAGUUCAGAAGCCGGAAGAGGAGUUUGAGUGCGAAGUGUGCGGCAAGAAAAUGAAAUAUAAAUCCAAUUACACCAAUCAUAUGAAAACUCAUGGACCGGAGCACUCGAAACAAAUCAAGACGGAUCCGGAUUCCCCACCUAAGAAGAUCUACCUAUGCAGUAUAUGCGGACGAAACUGCGGAUCUUCCAGCAAUCUAACAGUCCAUAUGCGUCGUCAUAACGGUCAAGCGAUAUGCUCCUGUUCGGUAUGUGGCAAAGGAUAUCCACGGAAGGCAGAUUUGGUUAUGCACAUGAGAAGGCAUACAGGAGAAAAACCAUACGAGUGUGCUACUUGUGGGCGUGGAUUUGCUAGAAGAGACAAACUCAGAAUUCACAUCCGAACCCAUACAGGAGAAAAACCUUACGCUUGUCCCUGUGGGCGCGCUUACGCUCAGAAAAAUGAUCUCAAGACGCAUCAAAAGCGUAACACGUGUGGACAAAAUUUUGACAUUACCAAACUGAUGGCGCCCUAUCAGCCAUCGAUAUGUGUUCGUCCUCAGGCUGCAGUCCAAGCCGCUCCGCAGAGGGAGCUACCACCGCCACCAGUGCCGGUUUCGUCGAGUGCGGUGGCUCAUUCGGUUCCGCAAUCGUACCAUAAUACCAGUGCCACCUACUCGGUUGCUCAAUCGAUGCCCAGUGGCAAUGUGAUUGCUAGCGGUAUUGAAAGUGGCCACAGCAUUCCACCGUCUCCGCAUCACGAUCUGAGCAGAAUGUCUGACUCGGUGCCAAACAGUCCAGUUGAUCUGAUGACACAUCGGCAUCAGUUCGGAGCCUUCCCGGGCAACAUGGUUCCGGGUUUCCCCAAUCCCUACCAACAGCCUAAGGUUGACAUGUGCAAUCAGUGAGCGAAACGUAUGACUUGGGUUGUGGUGCGUUUCUACGAAGAUUGUGCUUUUAAAUGCAACCGUUUUAAUACUAGCAAUAAAGUUGCUAUCUAAAAUCGA